AUGGGUCGUUUAGAGGGCAAGAAAAUAUUGGUCACUGGUGGAAGCAGUGGGAUUGGACUGGCGUCUGCCUGUGCCUUUCAUGAUGAGGGUGCUUCGGUUGCAAUCUGCGGCCUCAGCAAAGAAAGACUGGACACAGCGAUCAACUCCAUCGGCCCCAAUACUGUCGCCAUUCAAGCUGAUAUCAGCAACCUUUCUAGCCUCGAUGUUUUCUUUGCUGAACUGCAAACCCACGGCUUCACUCAUCUGGAUGCAAUCUUCGUCAAUGCUGGACAAAGUCAGUUCGAACCGUUCACUGCUGUGACCGAGGAAACUUUUGAUAAAAUGGUUGGAGUUAAUCUGAAAGGUGUCUUCUUCACUGUUCAGAAGGCUCUGCCCUUCCUUCGCCGAGGCAGUUCGGUGGUUCUAAAUUCCUCGGUUGUUGCCCGAAAGGGCUGGCCAAAUUGCUCCGUUGUCUCUGCAAUGAAAGCAGGGCUGAAUAGUUUUGCAAAGACACUGAGCUCCGAGCUUAUUGAAGAAAAAGGCAUUAGAGUCAAUUGCCUCAGUCCUGGACCUACCGAUACGGCCAUGUUUGGCCGUAUUCCAGGUGAAGAGUGCGGAGAGGCUACAAAGGAUUUGCAUCGAGAAAGAAAUCCCAGUCGAAGAAUUGCGACGUCAGAGGAGAUUGCCAAGCUUGCUGUUUAUCUUGUGAGCGAUGAGAGUACAUACGUGGUAGGAGCCGACUUUGCCAUUGAUGGAGGUGUUGGAGCUGUUUCGCCCAUUGGUGCUUGA